AUGUAUUAUGAUAUAGACGAUAUUCUUGCAGACUCAGCUGAGAUUCCAUGCAAGUUCAAUUAUGAUAUACCAGGCUUGGGUUAUCUGGAAGGUAAUCCUGGUAAGCAAAUUAACAAGAAUACAAAAAUCCAAUUACCAUUAUGGUUAGCACGUAUUUUGGCUAUUAUAGGUGGUGAUUCAGAAGGAGCUGAUGAGAACGGUGAUGAGACUAAUGAAAAUGAUAAUUUGCCAUUUUUAGAAAUGCAAACUCCUGAUUUUUUAUCGAACAAAGUUAUAAAUGCGAUUAAAACCUCACCAGAAUCAUUAGAUUUACAUUCAAUCAACUCUCAUUUUAUUGAACUUGCAAAUAAAUGGAUUGCUCUAUUUGGUGACACGGAUUUAGCAAAUGUUAUUUACGAUUUGACUUUAGCUAGAUCAAUAGAACUUAAUAACCACGCCAGUAGUGUCGCGUUGGAAUUAGCCUCAAACAAGCCAGAUAACAGUAACAAGGAUUCGAUUUAUCAAGAUGGCAAUAAUAUUAACACCCCUUUCUUAUUGUCAAUGGAUGAAUUCGAGAAAAAAAUAUAUAAAAAAUCGCAUAAUUCUUACAAAGAUACAAAAAAAUGGCUGUUUGAACCAUAA